UCUGGCACUCACUCCCUCGACGGGAUGCCUCACAGCACAUGCGGAAGUUUCCACCCCAGAGAGCCGCUGCCGCUGCUCAGAUGAGCCUCUGACAGUUGAUCGGUCGGAGGGGGAAGCCGCAGUGACAGCGAGGCGGUGGGCGAGGCGACACGGCCAGGAAGCGCCACCACAGCCGCGGCCGCCCGGACUGGACUUCAGACCCACGCAUGGCUUCUCUCAGCAGCGCCGAGCGACGGGCGUUCGCUCUGAAGAUCAACAGGUACUCUUCUGCAGAGAUCAGAAGAAACUUCAGUGGGAGUGGCUUAUAUCACAGCCGAUCCAACUCCACUUCUUCGCCCACAACCUACGUCAGUGUGCCUCCGACGUAUGACGCAGUGGAGCCCUUGGACCUGGAGGAGUUCCUGAUGUCACAGUUAAGAAGUGAAGACUCAGCACUGAUGCAUGAAGUUGGGGAUUUCCCUGACGAUGACCUGAAGGUGGAGCAGGUGGAGAGGGAGCGACGUACCAUCCGACACUCUGUCCCAGAGGAUGGAGGCGACUUGGAUCCACAUGUGAGAGAUUGUGUGAAGAGUUACACCCAGCCAUGGCUCGUUGUCUCCAGGAGGUGCCAGGGGGACGGCUGGAGCGCAUAUUCGGAGAGGGCCGGCCUGCUUAAAGUCCUGCAGAAACAAAUCUUUGAGUCCGAUUUCCAACCAGAGAACAAAGACAAACCAGUCAAGUCUCCAACUCUAGCAGGGCUGAGCGACGACUCUGGCCGCACGCUGACCUCGUCAGAUUUUAACUUGCGAAGCCUGGCUCCGGACCAGCGGGUCGAGGGACUGCUGGCCUUCAGCAGCCACGAGGAGCUGGAUCGCUUCAACCAGGAGGCGCGGCAGGCCAAAAGGCACCCCGAGGUGUUCGCGCUGUACCCGCCACCCGAUGAGGAUGAUGCGGUGGAAAUCAGGCCCAUUCCCGACUGCCCCAAAGAACACACAGGAGAUCGCAUCCUCAUCCGUUGCCAGGCCAUAAAGUUUGAAAUUGACAUUGAGCCCAUGUUUGCCACCAUGGCCUUAUAUGACCUGAAGGAGAAGAAAAAGAUAUCAGAAAACUUCUACUGCGAUCUCAACUCAGAGCAGUUUAGAAACUUCUUGAAACCUCACACUCCACACGUAGAUCACUCCACCCUGUCUAGAUCUGGCAUCUUCUCCGUCACCUAUCCUUCCUCUGAUAUAUACCUGGUCAUCAAGAUAGAGAAGGUUCUCCAGCAAGGAGAGAUCAGUGACUGUGCUGACCCCUAUUUAACAAUGCGGGAGAGUGACUCUGGAAAGAACAAGGACAAACUUGAAAAACUGAAAGGCCAGGCGGAGGCCUUCUGCCAGAGGCUGGGCCGCUAUCGCAUGCCUUUUGGUUGGGCAACAGUUAACAUCAUGGAUGUCAUCUCUACUGCUACUUUAGACCGCGAUGUCACGGAUUCUGACAGCGCCAAAGGAGGUAAAUCCAGCAGCAUGGACCGGAGAGCGCAGCUUCCCAGGAGGAACUCGGAGCGUUUCAGUAACAUGGAGGAAGCGUGUUACAACGUUCACACCUUCAAGCCUGCAACCAUCACUAUCACCACCAUCUUCAAACAGGAAGGGGAUCGUCUAAGUGAUGAAGAUUUGUUGAAAUUCUUGGCUGAAAUUAAGAAAACCUCGACUCCGCAGAGAAGAAUCAAGACCAUACCAGGUUGCAUUAAGCUGGACAUGUCUCCAGUCGUCGACACGCCCCAGGCCUGCCUGUCCACCGAGCUCAUCCCGCUUAUACCCGUUGCCGAGAAAAACGUCCGUCCCGUCAAAGAGGUUCUGGAGUUCCCCUCCAGUGAGGUUUACGUCCCUCACAACAUUUACAGGAACCUGCUCUUCGUCUACCCCCAGAGGCUGAACUUUGUCAACAGGCUCACGUCAGCACGAAACAUCACCAUCAAAAUCCAGUUUAUGAGUGGAGAGGACCCGAGCUGCGUGCUGCCUGUCAUUUUUGGGAAAUCCAGUGGUCCUGAACUGUUAUCAGAAGUUUACACGCCUAUUACAUACCAUAACAAGUCUCCAGACUUCUAUGAGGAAGUGAAGCUUUCUCUCCCAGCCCGUCUGACCGAGAGGCAUCACCUGCUGUUCACUUUCUACCACAUCAGCUGCCAACAGAAACAGAACCAGAGCGGCAACUGCGAGACCCUCAUUGGAUACUCUUGGCUGCCCAUCCUGAACUGUGACCGGCUGCAGACCGGGCAGUUUUGUCUGCCCAUCGUUCUGGAGCGCCUCCCUGUCAACUACUCGCUGCACACUCCAGAGAAACUUCCUCCCCAGGUCCCUCCAGUCAAGUGGAUGGAGAGCCACAAAGGGCUUUUCAACCUUGAGGUCCAAGCUGUGUCGUCUGUUCACCCUCAAGACAAUCACCUGGAGCGCUUCUUCACCCUCUGUCAUGCGCUGGAAGGUGGAACCGCUUUCCCGGUUCGCAUCAGGGACGAGAAGAUUCCCGAGAACAAACUGGAGCACGAGCUGAAGCUCAGCAUCAUAUCUCUGUCCUCCUCCAAUUUAGAGCCUCUGGUUCUCUUCCUCCACCGGGUGCUGGAUAAACUCUGGCCACAACUACCCGGGCAGCCGCGUGUCCACCUAUGUGGAGGCCAACAACUACCAGAACUUUGCAGGAAGCACCAGACCCUCCAACAGAAAGCAAUUUCACGAGGAGCUUGCACUGCAGAUGGUUGUCAGCACUGGCGUCUGCAGAGAGAACGCUUACAAAUACGCCUGGUUCUUCUUUGAGCUGUUGGUGAAAAGCAUGGCUCAGCACGUGUCUCAGCUAGACAGGUACAGUGUCCCGCGGAGGAGCCGCUUCUCUGACAGAUUCAAAGAUGACGUCACCACCAUCGUCUCCGUGGUCACAGCAGAGAUUUGCACAAUUCUCGUCAAACAGCAAAAGGAGGUAGAGCAAGCAGAGAAAAUCAACAUCAGUCUGGCCUUCUUCCUCUACGACCUGCUUUCCCUCAUGGACCGAGGGUUUGUCUUCCAUCUGGUGAGAAACUACUGCAACCAGAUGUCAGCUAAGAGUGUUUCAAUGCCGACUUUGAUCAGUAUGCGCCUGGAGUUCCUGCGGAUCCUCUGCAGCCAUGAGCACUACCUCAACCUGAGCCUCUUCUUCAGCAGCCCGGCCUCUGCGCCCGCCUCUCCCUGUCCAUCCAUCUCCUCGCAGAGUUCUGGCUCCUACCAGGAACAGCAGAGGAUCUUGGCGCUGUUUGAUCUCUCUCAGGAAUUCAAGCAACAGCAUUACCUCACCGGUCUGCUCCUAACAGAACUUAGCGCGGCACUUGACAUGGAGUCAGAGGGGGGAAAGGUUCAAAGAAAGGCGAUCAAUGCAAUUUACAGCUUGCUGUGUUCCCAUGAUCUGGACGAUCGUUGCAUUAAAUCUGAGGUCAGAGCCAAGGUGGCCGCUCUCUACCUCCCCCUGGUGGGGAUUAUUAUUGAGUCAACCAACUACCUGGAUUUCACUGUUUGCGACACGCGCGCCGGCAAAAACAAGACCGGCGAAUCCGAGGACGACCUUGAAAACGUGCCGCCUAUCAAUCAGUCUGUUGCCAUGGCGAUCGCUGGGAAUCCCUUCAACACGCUGGGGCGUAACGUUCUCAUCUCCAUGGCAUCCCUGCAAGGUAAAUCUGUUGCCACCCUGGCUGCAGACACCAGUCGCCACCUGCUGGUUUGUUUCCUCUGGGUGAUGAAGAAUGCAGAUAGAAACCUUAUCCAGCGCUGGACCGUGGAUAUGCCUCCGUCACAACUCAAUAAGCUGCUGGAGCUCCUGACUAUAUGCGUGUCCUGCUUUGAGUACAGGGGUAAGCAGAGCAGUGACAAAGUGAGCACACAGGCCUUACAGAAAUCCCAGCAGGCCAAACUGCAGCUAGAAGAAGCCCUGCUGAGAGGAAUGGGAGCUCGUGGAGAAAUGAUGAAACGGGUUGGAGGAAUGGACAGAACCGUGGGUCAAAGAGAGAACCUGCGCUGGAGGAAAGACCUCACUCAGUGGAGACAGACCAAUGACAAACAGGAUAAAACAAAAGCAGAGUUGGACCAGGAGGCUCUGAUCAGUGGGAAUUUAGCCACAGAGGCAAACCUUAUAGUCCUGGACCUUUUAGAGACCAUAAUACAGGCGGUGCCUUUAAACGAGUGUAAGGACAGCGUCGUUGGCGGCGUGUUGAAGGUGUUACUCCACUCUCUCACCUGCAACCAGAGCACCACUUUCCUCUGUCACACCUUCAGCACUCUGAGGGCACUUGUCGUCAAGUUCGGAGACCUGCUGUUCGAGGAGGAGGCGGAGCAGUGCGCGGACCUGUGCCAGAAAGUGCUUCAGUACUGCAGCAGCCCUGUUGAUGAGAACAGGAGCCAUGCCUGCGCCACCCUCUAUCUCAUCAUGAGAUACAGCUACAGCAAUGCCAGCAACUUUUCAAGGGUGAAGAUGCAGGUCACCAUGUCACUGGCCUCACUGGUGGGCAAAUCAUCAGACUUCCAGGAGGAAUAUCUGAGACGCUCCCUCCGCACCAUCCUGGCCUACGCAGAGGAGGACGCUGAGAUGCAGAACACCCAGCUGCCCUCACAGGUGGAUGAGCUCUUGAGGAACCUCAACAGCAUCUUGUCAGACACUGUGAAGAUGAGGGAGUUUCAGGAGGAUCCUGAAAUGCUUAUGGACCUCAUGUACAGGAUAGCAAAGGGCUACCAGACGUCUCCUGACCUCCGUCUGACCUGGCUGCAGAACAUGGCAGAGAAGCACAACAACAGGAAGUGUUACACGGAGUCAGCCAUGUGCCUGGUCCACGCUGCAGCCCUGGUGGCCGAGUACCUCAGCAUGUUGGAGGAUCACAAAUACCUUCCUGUUGGCAGCGUCACCUUUCAGAACAUUUCCCCCAAUGUGCUCGAGGAGUCGGCUGUGUCCGACGACAUCCUGUCCCCAGACGAGGACGGCGUGUGCUCGGGGCGCUACUUCACGGAGAGCGGCCUGGUGGGAUUGCUGGAACAGGCUGCUGAGCUGUUCAGCAAUGGUGGUCUGUAUGAGGCAGUGAAUGAAGUCUACAAGAUCAUCAUACCGAUCAUGGAGGCUCGCAGAGAUUUUAGAAAACUGGCAUCCACACACGACAAGCUUCAUAGAGCUUUUGAUAACAUUAUCCAGAAGGGCCAUAAGAGGAUGUUUGGCACCUAUUUCCGUGUGGGUUUUUACGGGACCAAGUUUGGAGACCUGGAUGAGCGGGAAUUCAUUUACAAGGAGCCCGGCAUCACACAUCUGCCCGAGAUAUCCCACAGGCUGGAGAACUUCUAUAGCCAGUGUUUUGGAGAUGACACAUUGGUGAUGAUUAAGGACUCUACACCUGUGGACCGAAAACAGCUCAACCCCAGUAAGGCGUAUAUCCAGAUCACGUACGUGGAGCCCUACUUUGACGACUACGAGAUGAAAGACCGUCUAACGAACUUUGAGAAGAACUUCAACCUGAGGCGCUUCAUGUACACCACGCCCUUCACCAAGAGCGGACGGCCUCGGGGUGAGCUCAACGAGCAGUACAAGAGGAAGACCAUCCUCACCACCAUGCACGCCUUCCCCUACGUCAAGACGCGCAUCAACGUCAUCCAGAAAGAGGAGUUUGAUCUUACGCCUAUAGAGGUGGCCAUAGAGGACAUGCAGAAGAAAACUCGGGAACUUGCAGUCGCCACACACCGGGAGCAGCCCGAUGCUAAGAUGCUACAGAUGGUGCUACAAGGCUCUGUGGGAGCCACCGUUAACCAAGGCCCGCUGGAGGUGGCCCAGGUCUUCCUGAAUGAGAUCCCCGCGGACCCUAAGCUCUUCCGUCACCACAAUAAACUGCGGCUGUGUUUCAAAGAAUUUAUAAUGAGGUGUGGUGAGGCUGUUGAGAAGAAUAAGCACUUAAUCACUUCAGACCAGAAGGAGUACCAGCAGGAGCUGAAGAAGAACUACAACCGCCUGAGAGAGAGCCUGAGGCCCAUGCUGGAGAGAAAGAUCCCCGAGCUUUACAAACCCAUCGUCAGGCCCCGGCUGGAGAACAGGGAUUCCUUCAAACGCCUCAGUUUCCGCAGAGCUCCAGAGGAAAGCUCCUGAGGUGCCCGAGCUUGUGGGAGAGAGCCGGAGAAAGGAGAGGGAGACGGCCGGAAGCGUAAAAAUAAGAAGAUAAGCUGAGAAGAACUGCUGGUGACAACUCAGAAAAUAUCUGAGGAAGGAGGCGUGUGAACACGGAGGACUUUUUGCUUAAAUUCAGCACUGUGCAUACAUGACUUCUGCAUGACCACAUGUCAUGUAGGCUGUACGAGAACAGAGCACAAAAAAAGGGAAAUGUUUAUCCCAGGCAAGUGUAGCUUUUUCUUUGAAAUAAAGUCCUGAUAAUGCUGCAAACGUUUCCUCUUGGUUGGUAAAGCAGCUCUCUUACUGAACCAGAGUGUUCAUACUGUGUACAUUCUGUUUAUGAAUACGUCUUGUAUUUAUGUAUGUAUGUACAUGCCUGAAUGAACAUGCUGAUUAUGGCCUAGAAUAAAAGAUUUUUGGAGGAUCAACAGUUUUGCUUGGUGCUGAAAAGCCUCUGGGCGUCUAUGCACGACAUUUGUCAGUUUGAGGAGCAAUUAUUCAAACUGGAUGGUUUUUGCACUGGAUAAAUAUGCACAAAUUUCUGUGUUAGCUCGUCGCCUUUUCUCGCCUCCUUACUGCUGGACAUCCAUCACUAAAAGAACAGAACAGGAGAAGGGAGCCCUCCCUGAGGGUCUAAACUGCAGUUCAAGGAUGCAUAAAAGGAUGCUUUUUUUUGUAUAUAAUACAGUUUACAAGGGUAUAACAAAAAUAUUUUGCAUUUUAUUUUAUAGAACCUUUACCUUUUGUACAUAAUCCUAUGAAACACACAGUGCCAAAUUUAACGUGUUUCUUUGUUACCUAAAGAUGAGAAACCUAAGAACUGAAAUAUUUUUGAAAUACCACCCCAACGCAGAUUCUUAUUUUCCCCUCCUUUUUAAAAUACAUUUUCAGCAAAAAUUUGCAUCCCCACUUUUGAAUAUUUGAUAUUGAUCACCUGAUUUAACUACAUGCUAACAACGGCUCUGUUAGUUUUGUUCUAGGUCACUCUGUAUUUUAGUUACAUAAUUUUUUUUUUUUUUCAUAAAUAGAAAUACAUUUUGAAUAGAUUAUCAGUACUCAUUUGAAUAUUUGUUUCUUUGUAUUUAUUAGCUGUUGAAUGUUUUUUUUUUUAAUGGUUUAGUAAAACAAAAUUAUGCAACAUGCUGUGAGUAAGUAUUAACUAAAAUGUACUUCUAUUUUUGGACUAAUCUGAACAUGUGUGCUGUAAGAUACAUCUGUGGCAUUCAACUACAUGGUUGCAUAAAUCUGUUGGUUGUUUUUUUGUGUUUGUGUUCAUAUGUUUUUACUAGAUGAGAAACUUCUUGUCAACAUUUGUCAGGCAAAGCGCUGUUGCAGGACAUUAAUAAAUUGUAAUAUGUGCACAAUGUUA